AUGAUCCAGGGAAUAUUCUAUGCCCGCUUCUUCCCUGAAGAAGGGACAAAGAUUGUAGCCCAGAGCCCACCAGGAUGCAUUGUCCCCGUUCCUGGCGUCACCACCACCAAGCCGCCGCUGCUCGACUACAGCGUGCUGCAGGAGUACAUUAUCCCGAAGGAGGCCUUCCGUAACCGCUACAUUACCGUUACCGACCCGGAGGGCAAGUACUCUAUCCUCGGCUUUCCCGUCUCCAUUCCCAGCCCCCGCUACUACCGCAACGAGUUCAUCUUCAACUUUGGCCUGGUCGUUGAGAACGACGUCGACCAGGUUCCCUACGAGCGCGUCGUGCGCAGGCUGGCCGUCACGUUUGCCGAGAUGGAGAAGCAGAGCGGCUAUCUCAGCCAAGACGUAGACACAGCCGAGAAUCAAGCCAGACGGCCGAUCGAGUCGCUGCUCGAGAUUAUCAAGGAGGACCUAAACAACUACGGCGAGUGCAUGAUCCCCGUCGACGACGCCAACACAAUCAACAUGAAGCUCUUCCCGCACCACCCCACGCCGCCCGAGGUCAGAGGCUGGCACGUGCCCGUCGCAAAGAUGAAGUUCGCCGACAUAGUCGACCCCACCUGGGACCUGACCCUGCAGCGCGUCAUCGCCCACAUCGACGGCGUCUCCGACGUGCGCCGCAUCGCCUUCCUCGCCGACGUUUCGCUCGAUCUGACGCAGCUCGCCCUCCGCCACCUGCUUUACUACGACACCAUCUUGCUGCUCGACAUGUUCUUCUUCGGCGCUUGCUACGCGCCGCGGCCGGGGAUCCACGACUUCAUCGCUAACGUCGGAGGCAUGAUCGACGAGUGUGCCAAUUACGUCUGCGUCAGCCCCAACAGCGGACAAGCGGGUGGAUCAGGCCGAGGAGGAGCCGGAGGAGGGGAUCCAGGAACCGGACAGGGCGACGACGACGACGAUUACGGCGGCGCCGAGGACGUCAGCCGGAACGGCGCUAUUCACGGCCACCGCGUCUCCAACUACAUGCUCAUCAAGCUGAUGACGACCUUUUGCGUCGGCAAGACGGUCAUGGAGUGGCUUAAGGGCCACAUGGACUCCGGGUUCGACGUGCUGCGGUUCGUCGACGUGCGGCGGCUGGUGCAGUUUGGCGUGAUAAAGGGGUGCCUGUACCGAGUGCACAAAUACGUCGUGUCCAAGCAGUACCUGGCGGCGCUGGCGACGGGCCAGGCGAGGCCCGUGGCGGGCGGCGAUCCGCUGCAAAAGUACACGGACGGGUGUCAUACGUUUGACCAGAUCAUUACGGAGCAGAACCUGACGGAUGCCGAGAUCAUGGAGAAGCUCAAGAGCUUCCCCGCGCCGGUGGGAGAUUUGACUGUUUUGUAUAGGUGA